AGCACGUGUAAAACUCUCAAUCUAUGUGUAUUUGAUUUUCUUAUUUUUUAAUAAUAAUCAAAUCAUGAAAUAAAAACAAUUGCUUUUCUACCUUGUGAUCCCAAAAUACCAAAUAUAUAUUUUGUAAGAUAUUUAUUAUUGUAUCAUAAACUAUGGUUCGUUUUAAAAACAGGUAUGUAACUAUUGAAAUCUUGUCUCCAAUGAUUCCGGAUAACAAACCACUGUCAUUAAAGUCAAAAAUAUUCCAUGAUACACUAGUAGAUAAAAUACAACAACUGCAUGGUGAUUUUGGUGUUGCAGCUGUUAAGACAGGACUUAUGACAAAAUAUUGCAAUGAAAACACAAGAAUAGCAAUCAUCCGGUCAAGACAUGGACCACAUAGAUUUGUGACAAGCAGUUUACCAUUUAUCACUAAACUUGGUAAACUAGAUGUCAGUUUAAGAACACUUCAUGUCGGGGCAACAUUGAAGCAUAGCUUUAAGUUCAUACAAAAACAUCAAAGAGCAUAUUUAGACUCCAUGUGGGCAACUCUAAAGACUGAUGAUGAACGGAAAGCCUUAGAAGCAGCUGUAAUGGAUUUCACAAAAGCAGAUGUUAAAAUAAAUAUUGAAACGUUAGGUUAAAAUUGUAAAUAUUUUAUUUCUUACUUUAGGUACUUCAUCAAAAUAUAGACUUUAAACUAGAUUACAAUAAAUAUAAUUAGGUGACAUUGAUUUGCCAGUACAACACUUAUGUUCAAGAUUCCUAUAUGUACCUCCAUAUCGACAACAAUGUCUACAUUGCAGUUUUGUAACUUUGUAAUUAAAACACUUGUCUUUCAAAACGA